AUGCAGAUUAGAUGUAACCCGGAUAUGGAAAACAGAACAGAGAAUAAAAAUCCAAAUGAGACUAAUGCACUAUUGAAUGAUCCACAGAUAGAGAGCCACAUGUCAUGCGAGGGAGGAAAGGCUAUUCAAACUCAUAGACAAACGAAAUGUGAGGAUUUGGAACGAGUGACUCCCCCCCAAUGUAGCGACAAGGGUAGAGGAGAUAUAGGCACGAUACAUAAGAAAGGUAGAAACGGUACCGACAUGGUGCAUAAAAAAGGUGGAAACGGUGACGACGUGGUGCAUAAGAAAGGUGCAGGUUCCAUCGAAAAUGUAAGCAAAAGUACAAAUAGGGGAGACGGGGAAGAGUAUCAUAAUAUAGACAAUGCUAUCUUGAACAAAGACAUGUGUAGUACAAGUGUCAAGUGUCAAAGUAUCGAUAGAAGGAAAGAAGAGAAUAUGAGAACUGAUUAUGCACUUGGCCAUGGUUUAAUGAUAGGAAACCAAAUGGGAUUAUCAUUAUCAAGCGUUCCAAAUAAUGUAGUAACACACAUGAGUUUUCCACAGGUGUGCAUGCACACAUCGAACAAUCAAAACAACAUGAUAGAUAUAGAAGAGACAGAAACCAAAUACCUGAACAAUAAUGUGCAAAAUGAUAUGAUAAUCUCAUCAGUGUCGAAAGAAAUAUUACCAGGGUGCUAUAUAAAUAAAGAUACAAUGGGCAAUAAUGGAAAUAUCACCACAAUUGGUAAUUUUUCCACUAGCACCAUGAAUUAUCAUAAAGAAAAUUUUUACUCUUAUUUUGACAAUAUGAACAGAAUGAAUGAUACAUGUACAUAUAUUUCAGGAGAUAUCAAUAAUAACAUGUUCCCGCACCAUAAUAAUAGAAAUGUUUUAUCAACACUCGAUAAUUAUAUCAUUCCUUAUGACCAAUACAAUUCUUUUUAUUCUUCGUAUAUUCCUCCUCAUCCUUUUUUCAAUUAUAGAAAUAUCAUACAUAGUAAGAACUAUUGCGAGACAGACACUGCGUGCGAUUUAGGAAAUUUCUCGCCUGCGAACCAAAUCUGCAACAACAACCAUAGCAAUGCUCGUAACACCAAUAACUGGCAUAGUAACAGUUACAACACCACACUGAUGAAUAAAGAAGAUAACUAUAAAAAUCACAACACAUACAACAAAUUCAUGUUCCCUGCAAAAGAACUUCUUAAUAAUAAUGAAUAUCAUAUGGAUACUAUACCCUGUGGAGGGAGUUACUCAGACAGAAUUUCAAGUAGUAUGUUAGUGAAUAAGAAAAUCGCAUCCACUUAUGUCCCAGGAAGUGUUGGUAGUAUUAGCUGUUUGAAUACCAUGGAUAAUGUAGUGAGUCCACGUGAGUACAGUCUUCUGAUGCACCAAAGCAAUGAUAGUCUAAGCAAUAGAUCGUUAAAUCUGAGUGGAAAUAACAACACACAGAUAUUUAACUACUUCAACUAUGUUUCUUCCAACAACAACUUUAACAUUCAAAGAUUCUCAUCUAAUGGUCCUGCACCCAAUUCAGCGAAUGAUAACCAACAACACAUCUCCUACUAUAACACAUUUAAUGAAAAUUAUUUUUUAUCAGCAUCCAAAACAUAUUUUCAAAACAAUUUUUUAAAUGAAUAUCCGAUACCUCCCAUACCAUUCAUGGAUGCAUACAACCACGCCGAAAAUGUAACGUAUUCGCUAAAUAGCUUUUUCCACAGACAAGCGAAUUCAAAUAUAAGCACCAUUCAGAAAUUCAAUACAAAUAAAGAUUUAAAAAAUGCUCAUACCAGUAACCAAAACAUGGGUAAACGAGUCCCCCUGAGUAAAAAAAACAACUACAAUAAUAAGUUCAGUUACAUAUCACCCAUAAUUUGUUCGGGAAACAUUUACAACAUAGCAAAGGACCAGACGGGUUGCAGAAUACUGCAGAGAAUCCUGGAAAAGAAGAACCCAAAACAUGUAGAAGAAAUAUACAACGAAACAUUGGAACACAUAAUCGAACUAAUGAUUGACCCCUUCGGGAAUUACUUGUGUCAGAAAUUAAUGGAAGUAAGCACAUCAGAGCAAAUUGAAAGAAUAAUUGACAAAUCAGCGAAUGAGUUAGUCAAAGCUUCAUUAAGUGUUCAUGGCACCAGGGCGGUUCAAAAACUCAUAGAAAUGAUAAGAACGCCUGCACAAAUAAAAAAAACAACAAGAGCAUUGAAGAAUUCCAUAAUUAUUCUUAUCAAAGAUAUCAAUGGAAAUCAUGUUGUACAGAAGUGUUUGAUUAGCUUGACGAGUAAUCAAUGCCAAUUUAUCUAUGAUGCCAUUUUGAAAAAUUGUCUUGAUGUUUGCAUGCACAGACAUGGUUGUUGCGUCGUUCAGAGAUGCAUAGAUUCAGCCAAUGAACAACAGAAGGAAUUAUUCACGAAGAAAAUAUCAAAGCACGCACUGAAACUUGUUCAGGAUGCAUUUGGGAAUUACGUAGUUCAGUAUGUGUUAAAUUUGGGGAAAGAAAAGGUGAAUUUAGAAAUAGUUAAUAAGCUCUUAUCGAAUAUCGAAAAUUUAGCGGUUCAGAAAUUUUCAUCCAAUGUUGUAGAAAAAUGUUUAAUUAUUGGAAAUAAUAAAUGUAGAGAAAUAAUAAUAAAUGAAAUUUUAAAGAAAGGAAAGGAAUCAUUGAAAAAUAUAAUUCUUGAUCAGUAUGGAAAUUAUGUUAUUCAAAGAGCUUUGUCUGUUGCAUCAGAACCUCAACUCACCAGAUUGGUAGAAGGAAUAAGACCAUAUAUAAAAGAGUUAAGACACAUAUCUUCAGGAAAAAGAAUCGCAUGGAAAUUAGCGCAGAAACAUCCCUUACUUAGUGAAGAUAUGAACAACUAUUUCCAAAAUGGUGAAAAUGGUGAAAAUGGUGGAAAUGGUGAAAAUGGUGAAAAUGGUGAAAAUGGUGGAAAUGGUGAAAAUGGUGAAAAUGGUGAAAAUGGUGGAAAUGGUGAAAAUGGUGGAAAUGGUGAAAAUGAUGAAAAUGGUGAAAAAUUUGCGAAAAUAUGCUCUGCCAUGAUCAAUCAGACUACACCCGAUAAUAUCAUUAUACCUGUACCAACUGUUGCGAAUAAGAAGAACUAUUCAGAUGUAGCCAAGAGUAAAAAUAAAAAACAGGGAGAAUUAAAUAGAACGAAAAAAUUUCAAGAUGGUAUUACCGUAAGCAAAACAUUGGUGCAAGAGGUGGGAGAAUUUUUUAAAAAUUCCUAUGGUAAACAUGCACAAGUGGAUUUUAUUAAUGUUCAAAAUGGUUCAGGAAAAAAGAAUGCAUCAUAUGGGGAGAUAGGGGUGAAAGACACUGUUCUGCAUGAGAGGAAUCGUUAUAAGAAUAAUCAUAAUAAAAACAUAUUCCUUGGAAAUAACAAAAAAAAAAGAGAUGAUGUGAGAACAGGAAAAACAAAGACGUGUUGUUUGGACAUGAAAAAUUACCCAUCAGAUGGGUACGCACCAAGUUUUAGAGAAAUUAACAUAGAAGAAGAGGAAGUGGAGGAAGAUGUAGAAGUGGAGGAAGAUGUAGAAGUGGAGGAAGAGGAAGGAAAGAAACAUUAUGAGUUAUACAAAACGAAUGACAAUUACAAUGAAGACAAGAACACACCCAAGAUUAACCAUAUCACCAACCGUAGAAAAACCAAUGCUUAUACGAAUUUCCCUAGACAAGAAAAGUCUUACGGAAGGAAGAUUCAUAAACAGGAUAUUGAAAUAGAUCAAGAUGGCGAAAGUGUGGACAUUGCAAGUAAAAUGGAUCACAACUCAAAGCAUGCGAUGCACAAAGUGAGCGGUAAGAACGAGAUUCACAAAGUGAGCGGUAAGAACGAGAUUCACAAAAUGAGCGGUGAGAACAAGAUUCACAAAAUGAGCGGUAAAAAUGACAUUUUCAACGAGGAUUUUACAAAAAGUGAAAAAAGCAACAAUACCAUUGUGCAAAGUGAGAAUUGGGAAGAUAUGCAUGUUGAGGAAAAAAACAAAAAGACUAGGGAUCUAGAAAGAGAUAAAAGGAAAGAAAACAGUGAUUAUUCGUCCAUGGGCAUCAAUAACAAAAAUAGCAAGUAUGGAAAAAGAAACAAAGACAUUAAGGACCCUAUGGGAGAAUGCAUCCAGAAGGUCAGCGAACAUGGAAUGAGAAAAAUACAAAAUUGUAAUGACGUCACCCAAGUGAGGACAAAUUGCCAGCACCUGGGAGCUCCGAAAACCACAGCUGCAGAUUCUACCCCUAGAGGGAUUACUACCACAACUGUAAGAUCUACCACUGCUACUAAUUCCACCACAGCGAAUGUUAGAGAAAGAUUUCAAAAUUCUGACAACCAUGUUCGAGAAAAGAAAAAAAAAAAUAGACACAGGGGCAGGAGAAGAAAUCAGAAAAUGAAUGACCAUGUUAAAAGACGAAAAUGA